AUGUCUUCCUCGCUGCAACCGUCACCAACCAUCCUCCUCCCCCACCUCCCUCCCAAGACCCUUGUCGGUAUCGAUCUAAUCACCUUCACGUCAACGCCCAAGUUCCACGGAAUUCGCGAUCUACCGAGAGGAUGGCACUUCCUGUACACCGGAACCACGGAGAGUCUUUCUCUCCGGUGCGGCGCAUGGUUCUACGUGGGUGACAUCAGCACAGCAGGCCAUGGACAGAAUGACUCCGCGAUCGUGGUACGAGAUCAAAAUACCGGGCCAGAGAUCUUCAUCUGGAAAUGGAACACGGAUACAGAAUCGCUCUCAUCGCUCCGAAAUGAUCACGACUCCGAUCGACAAGAGGCCAUGCGCUUCAAGGCGAAUCUGGGAGGCAUCUGGCAGACUGGGGGACUAUUUCGAUAUCGAAGCCGGGUGUCACCAGCUAUGCUUUCGAACCAACCAGGCUCGACCCUGGAAUCGACACCAAAUCCGCCACAGGCGCCACAGGCGGAAGAAGACGAGGAAACCGAGGAAAGUGGCCGCAGAGACUGGCAACAGCUUACCGACUGGAUAUCGCCCAGUCUGCUCACGCGCAUUAUUGGCAGCCCUGAAAUAGACGUGGAUGAUCACCCACGGUGGGACUUGACAUCUGCCGGUACAGCUGAUCGUGAUGCGGAUCAUAUUCCCGGGCUUGAUAAGCUCAAGGAGAAGCCAAGCGAAGACCCAGAAACCCCAGAAAACCGCGCUGAAGAGGAGAAAGAACUUGGGUUUCUUCCCAUCGACCUCAAGCAAACAUGGCGAGAAGGCGCCAUUGGCCGGGAGAGAACAGACGCCGCUCAAGAUCGGUCCUGGGCAUUGGGUGAUUUGAUUAUUCGAAAUUCGGCUUCGGUAUCCGGUGAAAUCACUGUUGACGAACGAACUGGAGAGAUCCAGUUGCUCGGAGAAUUGCAAUUCACAUUCAUUAUGGUGAUUACCAUGAUGAAUUUCUCGUGUCUCCAGCAGUGGAAGCGAUUGCUGGGGCUUAUAUUAACUUGUCAACAAGCAAUCGUUGAUCGCGAAACCUUUAUGAGCGACGUUGUCCGGUUAUUGUUGUGUCAGCUCCAGCGAUGUGAUGAUGUUGAGGGUGGCCUUUUUGAGAUUGAUGGAGAUGAAGGUGGAAAGUUCUUGCUAGACCUGCUCAAGAAACUCAGACGUGCUGUGGAUCAAGUUGUUGAGAAAGGAACACAAUCAAAGGUUAAGACAGAGCUGGAGAAAUUGGAAGCCUGGGUCAAGGAAGAAUAUGACUGGGAACUGACCCACGAGGACAUUUUGAAACGGGGUACGAUACAACUGGAAGAUGGUGAGGAAAUCGAGGUGGAAAUGGAGGACAAUGACGAAUACGAGGAAACGGGCGAAUAUGCUCCUGUAAUCGUUGAUUUGGACGAAAGCAGUGCUGUAUCUGAUGUCCUUUCUGAUGAUGGAGAGAUGUCAGAUCUAGAGGACAUGAGAUAUUGA